AUGCUCCCAAGCCUCCUCUUCAACUUAUCCACAAUCCACGACUUCUUAACUCGAGCUUUGAGGCAAACCGGCGGAACGUUCCUUCUCAAGGGACCUAGCUUUAUCAACGCAGACUACGUCCUCACUAGUGAUCCCACGAACAUAAACCACAUCUUCAACAAGAACGCCGCCAACUACGACAAGGGUCCGGACUUCAAGGCCAUAAUGGAGGCUGUGGGCGACGGGGUCUUCAAUGUUGACGGCGAGUCGUGGAAGUUCCAGAGGAGGCUCCUCCAUUCCUUGCUGAAAAGCACCGAGUUCGAGGGUGUUUACACCAAAAAUUAA